GCGGUAUGCACCUUAAAGUUGCUUGUGAUCCGCCAUAAUAGAAAAGAAGAAGAAGAAGAAGAAGUCGGAUGAGGAAGUAGCCAUUGGGUUGCUACAAGCACUCCUCAGGGCAGCGUUAAAGCAAAGAAAAAAUUUCCAGAGGCAGUGAGGAUCCUGUGAGCUGGAGCAACAGCAGCAAUGAAGCUUCGCCUUCACUUCGUAGUGGAUCCGAUGGGCUGGCUCUGCAUCAGCGUGGUGUUUGGGAUCUGGCUCUACAACACGUUCUUCGUUCCCAAACUGGUGCUGCUCCCACACUAUGAUGAAGGGCACAUCCCCUGGGCCUUAGUUGUUUGUUAUUACCUAGCAUCGGCGCUCUGUGUGAUGGCCCUGUUCAGAGCUUCCACUGCAGAUCCGGGCCGUCUUCCUGUGGAUCCACAUAUACCUCACUCUGAAAGAGAACAGUGGGAGUUGUGCAAUAAGUGCAACUUAAUGAGACCGAAAAGGUCGCACCACUGCAGCCGCUGUGGCCACUGUGUGCGCAGGAUGGACCACCACUGCCCCUGGAUCAAUAACUGCGUGGGAGAAGACAACCACUGGCUCUUCCUGCAGCUGUGUUUUUACACUCAGGUCCUCAGCUUAUUCACACUGGUGCUGGACUUUUGCCAGUACUAUUAUUUCCAGCCCCUGACAAGACUAGACCAGGAAAAGUUUACGACACGUCAUGAACUGGCUCUGCUGCGAGUUUCAGCGCUCAUGGGCGUGGUCAUGUUCGGUGGCAUGUCAAGCUUGUUUUACGCGCAGAUGGCUGGCGUCCUCUCAGAUAUGACCACUAUUGAGAAAAUGUCUGAGUUCUCCAGUCAAACAUAUGGAACAAAAAGAAAGUGGCAGUGGGCGCUCGCUGAGGUUUGUGGCACUCGCUGGAAACUUCUGUGGCUCCUCCCACUGCGCAGCAGACAGCCUCUCCACGCCGGCCACCACUACCGCAGCCACGUGUAGCUCUGCGGCUCUACAAUCCCUUUCCUGCUUGCUCUUUCGGUAGAAGUUGCUACAGUUAAACACUCCACAUACUCCUAAGACAAAUCUGUCUGCACACCUUCACCGCCCUCUUGCUGCGCUACGCGAGCAGGGCAGCAGAUACUUAUGUUGUUUCGUUUUGGUUUUUGCUUGGUUUCAUUCAGUUUCUCUCCAGGAACAGGGUCACAAACACUGUUUUGGAAUUGUGGAAAAAAGUUUUGAUCACUGUGACUGCUAUUUUUAGCAUCUGGAAACCACCUUUAAUGAUUAUUUACAUGAUGGGGAUGGAAACAGUGGGACAUCUCUCAGGUUACGUCAUAAAGAGCCUUCACUAGUAAUUAGCUACAGACAGAAUAACUACAAAUCUGUUAGAAGUGUUUGAUUUUUGUAUAAAGUUUGUGCCUUGUUUUUGUUUUUGGUACUUUUUAUUUACCAAAUUUUAGAAAAGGGUCUGAAGUAUGACUACCUUCUAAUGAUUCAUGAAUGUUUUUCUUUGAUUGUUUUACUAUGGUUUUAACUACAAUGUGUGUAUUUUUAGGAGCAUAAUGCCACUGAACAAAGUUGAUACCUUUCAACCUAGAGAUGUCAUAUGACUGCUGAGAGCACUAACGCAAAAUCAAGCUAAUAUAAUCACUCCUCAAUAGUGACUUUCGUAGUUAAUCCUGCUUUUAAAUAUGAGUUUAAUAUUCACUGAUCAGUAGUUGAUGUUUGCUGUAUAUUAUUUGUCAAAUUAUACUGUUAGAGAUACCUUGAGUCAUAAAGAGUUCAAGAUACAAUCAUAAGAUAAAAAAAAUAUCUAUCUCUUAUACAGUCAUGGGAAAACUAAGUACACUCAGUGCAUAAUUUAUUAGCUUGUAGAACCACCUUUAGCAGCAAUAACCUGACUUUAUCAGUCACUCAGCAACAGCCAACAGGAUUUUAGCUCUUAUUUAUGGCUCAUCUACUAUACCAUAUCAAUUAGGUUGAGGUCAAUAACCAUAGCAACACAUUGAAUCUAAUUACCUAAUUGGCUAAUUUUUCUAUCUGUCUGACUUUUACUGUUGGAUAGAUUAGACUUUGAUAUACAGAGGAGUUCAGAGUUCUAUGGCUACCAGACAAGCCCAAAUCAUUGCUCUGAUUGUCAUGAUAUUGGGGUAUUUGUCCACAGAGCACCGUAUUUAUCAAUACAGCGCUGUGUGUUGUGGUCAAAUAUCUCUGCUUUAAUCUCAAUUAUGUCUUGUGGUUUGUACCAUUUUUACCAUUCCUGGAAUUAACUUUUAACAUUUCACAUACAAACUGAUGGUUGGAGAAUCUGCAGCUGAACACUUGUUUUGUUUUUGUCAAUUUCUUUAAGAGUGAACAGUCUGAAAUUGAAAGUUUUCUGGGACGUCCGCUCAGGAGAAUUGUCUACUGACUUAAAAGAUUUCCACUCUGAAUAAUUUUUAUCUCUGUAGAAUGAGGAGCUUUAAAUUAUCUGCAAGUGUCUAUAAUCCUGAGGUUGACUGAUUGACACAGAUGCUUCUUUCCUCAUUAUUGCUGAUGAUUUUGGUCCGUGUCAUUGUGUUAAAGGGACAGUAUUAUGUAAAAUCAUCUUCUUUUUCUUUAGCUUUACUUCAUGUUAUAAUCAUAUUACCUAAUCAAAAACAUACCUGGAGGGUUACUUUGAUUCUUUCAUGCAUGUUUGAGAAAUCCUUGAAUCUCCCAUGGCAACCAUUCAGCUACAGUUGUAUUACAUUACAUUGUAAUGGGUGUCAGAAACAGCAGGAGCUUCUUAAAGAGACAUGGGCCCAAUUUCAAGGUUUGCAAAGUCAAAUUUAUUUUAAGUAAUUUUUGUUGCAUACAGCAUUUUUCCAUAAAAACAAAAGUUAAUAUAUUUACUUAAUUGUGCUAUAAAAUGGCACUAUGUACCUGGAAAAGACAUAAUACUGCCACUUUAACACAAAUCUGUAUGCUUCAGCAAGAAACCCACGCUUUUAUAGAGGUGGUCAGACUUGCUGAUGAUCAGUUGCGAUUACAAAACAGCACCUGACUGCUACUUUUUUUUUCUAAAAUCUAAAACAAGCAUCACACUAAUACUUAGAUUUUUCCCUUGACUGUGUUGAUAGUUAUGGAAACUUUAUUUCAUCCACCUGUGUAAGUUAAGUCAGUUUAACAAGUCAGCUUGCUGCUGAAUAGAUAGAAGAAAUAGAGUCAUUUUCACAUUCAAAGAAUAAAUAUACUGACCACAUUGGUAAUCCGUUAUUUUAAAUCAAUUUGCUGUAUUGACCGUAGCACUUGGAAUACUAAGGAUUAGUACAAAUAUCCUGUGGAUUUUGAGACAUGACAUUUGAGUCCUGUAGUUUAGGGCUAUUUUUUUUCUGAAUGUUUUUAAUUUAUAAGUGCAUAUUUGUAUCUUUGCUAGGGAAGAUCACAGAUUAGGAUUGUUGUGGAUACAUAUAUAUAUAUAUAUAUAUAUAUAUAUAUAUAUACAAAGCAGGAACUAUAAAUUUAUUUCUGGAAAUAGGCAUAUAAAAGAAAAAAAAUAUUAAAAUUAGCAGAGCAAACCAUAACAUGCUGUCUAAAAUACAAAUGAUAUCCAUUUCCAACACAAACACUUUGUUUCUAGACAUUCAUAAAAUGGCUGUUUCUAGCAAAAGUGAAGGACUGCCAGUUCAGUUUCAAUUUACAACAAAAGUAAUUUCAGUUCAAUAUGAUUAAAUUUUAUAUAAUCCAAACCCAAUCUAAAUUAUUCCAGUGAAACCCAUUUGGUUCUUUGUAGGCAGGGAUUUGUUGUUGAUUUAUUGUUAGGGUUAGGGUUACAUGCUUUCUUUUUAAAUUUUUUUAGGUGCUAUGUAGCUCGAUAAUCAACAGUCCUAUCCCUAUUAAGAAUUGUUUUCUAAUACUUAAAGUCACCUUUAAAAAAUUGCGAUAGAGAUUGUAAUAUCAGAAUUGAUGCAUUUGCCUUUGAAAAUAGGAUUUUAUGAUAGUCAGAAAACUAUUGGACUUUUCUGAGGCUAACAGAAAACAACAAGAAGUUUUGUGCUAAGAUUUCUGUUCAGUCUUAACACUUACCUAACUAUUCUGUGCUAACAGUUUGCUAACUGUUCCUUGCUUACAGCUUGCUAUUCUAUUCUCACACUAAGCUAACUGUUCUCCUUGCUAACUCUUUGCUAACCAUUCUGUGCUAACACUUGGCUAACAUUUGCAUUAUAAAACAGAGCUAACUUCCUUGCGAACAGCUAGCUGAUCUUCUUGCUAACACUGAGCUAACAGUUUUGAGCUAACAUUUGCAUUGUAUGGGAUCCUUCUGAAUAUUUAGCUUACUGUUGCGGCCUGACAGUUUAUAAAUUGUUCUUUGCUAAACUGAGCUAACUAUUUUAUGCUAACAUUUAGCCACCUGUUUAAAAACAAGAACAGUAUCUUAUUGUAAUGAGAAACUUUCUUGCUUUAGCUUGUUAAAAUGUGUUUUAUGUUUUAACAAGAUUUUCUAUCUCAAUAAAACCAAAAUAUGUUCUCGUCAUAAAUUUCCAACAACGCAGGGUGUUUGGCUUUCAUUUAGAGAAAACAGUCAACAGAUGGAGAAUGAGAGGAAAACCUUUAUGCCUUUUUAAGGAGUGACUUGUCAGCUACGUAUUUUUGUAAGUUGAUGAAAUGAGAAAAUUUACCCAUUAUAAUGAGAUAUAAAAACUCAUUCUGAGAAAACGAGUUUUGUAUCUCAUAAUGGCAGUAAACGUUUUUGCUUUAACAAGACAUUGCUAAUGAAUUCAUAUCCUAGCCCUGGUAGUUAAAUGCUCCUGUAUUUUUGUGCUAACAGCUAGCAUCAAAAUGUUGCAAAUGCAUGUUUUUUGCAGUUUAGGCAGUGGUGUUUGCUCUGCUAACACUGUAUAAUUUAUUUAUGAUUAUUUUGUUAUAUCUGUUUGAAACUGCUGGAGAAUUUACUGAUUUAAUUAGAGAAAUAUGUAAUGUCAUAGUUAUACUAGCUUUGUGUGAGCAAGUUUCUUUGAAAAACCUGUAUUUAAACAAAGCCUAUCGCGUGUGGAGAGAAUACUAUAUUAUCCAAGUAGUUUUAAGUGCCUGUCUAGGCCACCUUUUGUUUUAUUUUUUUAUUUUUUGCCAUCACUGUACACUCCACACCGACCAAAGAUCUGGGAAAAUGUUGCAAUAGUCAGCAAGCAUUUAUUAAAUGCAUGUUUCACCAAGUUUUUGAUGGUAGCGGUUCAAUAAUAUGCACUGAAUUUUAUGCUAGCACACAGUCUUUUUUAAUGUGAAGACUUAUUUUUAAAAGGAAGAUCAUUUUAAAAAAAAUAAGUCCUCACUGUAGGUAUGUGUUGAAUUUUAUCCGGUUUGAAUUUGCAUGAGUGUGGUUUCAUACGUUUGCUCAUCGGUUUUUAUAGCUCAUGUUUGGGUUCUUGGAUGUUUGAAAACUUUUAUCAUGUUUUUUAGGUGUUUAGGAAGGCAAUGCAAGAAAAAAUGUAUGUUUGAUUUUUUUUUUUUAUUAUUAUUAUUUUGAAAAGUUUUCUUUUUCUUAUUUGGUUUCAGAUUUUUGAAGCAAUAAGCAUUGUUUGUUCAUAAUUUUUCUUUGACCGUUUAAAAAAAAAUUAUUUUUAUGUAUUAUUACGUUUACAUUCUGGCGGAUGAAUUUGGACCUAUGUAUGAACUUUAAUGAUGGCUGCCAAGCUUAACAUUACAAGUCACCGCCUUGCACUGCAUCACUCUCGAUUGUAGACGUGAAUAUUUCCAUGAGGCAGCUGUUACUUGGCAUCUCGCAGGAGAUUGGAGUUUGGACCUUUUUGAAUUUUUUUUCACUUUGUUCUUUUUAGGUUUCUUGAUAUUUCAUGUUCAAACCUUGUUUUGUUUUAAGUCAGAC